GGUGUUACAGAACAGACAGACUUUCUCUCUCUCAACUGUGACAUAAUUUCUUACACACCUGGUAAACUGUGUUCUCUCUUCGCGGUUCAACAGAAACUGAACUAGUUUCGUUUAUCAUCAAACCCGGUACGGACAUGUUAAGUAUUAACGGUGUCCUUAUUGCGCUUCUUUUCGCCACCCUUGCGGUUGUCAUCGUAUCUGACAGCGUCGUUCAGCAGAAACGUGCAGCGAAUUUCGACUACUACGAUGAUGGCUAUCAGAAUUUUCAGCCUGUGGUAAAUUUCCGAAAGCCAAUUGUCGUUCCAGAAUUCCCUAAGAAGGAUCAGCAAGAUUUAAGUAAGAUUCCAGGUAUACCUGGAGUAGACUACCCGAUUUAUCACAGCGUACCAAAGACCAGUUUCUCUUGUGCACAUGUACCACAUGUACCAGGAAUGUACGCAAAUGUAGAGACCGGUUGUCAGGCGUAUCACAUAUGUCACGAUGGCAGAGAAGGUUCGCAAGGAGCCUCGUUUCUCUGCACAAAUGGUACUCUCUUUAAUCAACAAGACUUCGGUUGUGAUUGGUGGUACAACGUUAAUUGUGCUUUAGCGCCGCAAUAUUAUAGAUUAAAUUCAGAUCCACUAACGAAUCCUUAUGUGUCGAAAGAAGAAAAGGAUGCCAUCAGGCAGAAAUUAAAUCGUAUCGUUGUACUUUAAUUUAUA